AUGAAGCUGCUCAAGCCGGCCACCACCGCCGCUGCAGCCGCCGCGGGCAUGUCGUCGGGCGGCAGCUCAGCCAGCACGUCGGGCAACAUCUCGUCAUCGUCAUCACAUGAAAACAUUGCGCAGUUUAUCCAGGGCACCAAGAUCAUCGUCCCCUGUCUACUGCCAGCUGCCAAACCAUCACAUCUUGCAUCCAUGUGGGACACUUGGGGUGGCGAAGACAUGCACCAAGUCGGUCGUUACUACACCUUCCUCAACGCUCCCAAGAGUUGUUUUGACCGUCUCAUGGUUCGUUUCCUCUACACCAUGGAACCAAUCGUCUACUAUGGUUCGGGUAUUCUCUUCCGUAAACCUCAAAACAUGAAAGACUCGGUCAAGAGUAGCAAGCUGACAGCCAUCAACGAGUUUAGAAGAGAGGUUUGGCUCAUGUCAGAUCUCGUUCACCAAAAUAUUGUUCACAUGAAGGGAUACAGUUUGGACCCUUACUCGAUCGUCAUGGAGUAUAUGGAUCUCGGAUCAUUGUCAUCGUAUCUCCGUCAAAAGCGAGAGUUGGGCGAGACACUACCAUGGGAAAUUAUCCUCAAGAUUGCCAAAGACAUUGCCAAGGGCAUGGCCUUUUUACACAACAUUUCACCUCCACUUGUACAUAGAGACCUCAAGUCGCCAAACAUCUUGUUGGCCACCACUCCCACCGAACCAUUCAUCGUUGCCAAGAUAUCAGACUUUGGCCUCUCUAGAACGGUCGUCCAAAGUUUUGUUUCAAAGGUUGUCGACAAUCCAACGUGGCUCGCCCCCGAGGUGAUCAGCCAACGAGAAUACAACGAAAAGGGAGAUAUUUACAGUUUGGGUAUCAUCCUCUGGGAGUUGUACCACAUGCAGCUACCAUUUGAAGAGUUUGGCAUUAAAUUUAUGUCUACCCUCGAAGACAGUAUCAUCUCUGGUCUCCGUCCAACCAUCAACCCUCAAUGCAACGCAAUGUAUUCUUCAUUGAUUACAAAAUGUUGGAAUGAAAACCCUCAAUCCCGUCCUUCUUUCCCUACCAUUGUCAAGGCUUUAGAAGAAAUUCAUGAUAACAUCAAGAAAACUUCUUCUUCUUCUUCUUUACAAAAUAAAUAA